AUGUCAACUUCGACUUUUAAUCCACGCAAAAUUGCCACCCCGGAGAGCGGAGCCGCUGCUCAGCAGAACUUGCCCUACAUCCAACUUGUUGACGAGCUUAAACAGCCCGUGAAGAACCCAAAGAAGGGGCGUUCAGUCGUACACUGGAUGCGCAUGUGUGAUUUGCGUCUCGUUGAUAACAGGGCCCUUUCUCGCGCUUCUAUCGAGGCCAAAGAAAAUAACAUACCUCUCGUCAUUCUUUUUGUGGUUAGCCCUCAGGACUAUAUUGCCCAUGACAGGAGUGCUCGCAGAAUAGACUUUACCCUCCGCAACUUGGAGGUCUUGAAAACCUCAUUGAACGAGAUGAACAUUCCACUUUAUGCCAUCACCCAUUCACCACGCACUUCAUUGCCAGAGCGCGUCAUUUCUUUUGUGCAGUCGGUUGAUGCAACCUGUCUGUUUGCCAAUAUGGAAUACGAGGUUGACGAACUCCGACGAGACAUCAAAGUAUGUCAGUUGGCCAAGACGAACAAUAUCAAGACAACUUUCUUCCAUGACAAGUGCAUAGCCGAGCCUGGGCUCUGUAUGACCAAAGACGGCAGAGCGUACACGGUGUACUCACCAUACCAGCGGUUAUGGUCUACAAUUGUUAACGGUAAUUUGGACACAUACAUGCGCGAGGCACCACCUAUUGCUGCAAACUCUGCCGAGGUCAUGAAGGAUCCAACCUUAUCGCCACUGUUUGAGCAACCGAUUCCCGAGUUUGUGGGCGGGUUCAAAUUAGAAACCAACAAUAAGGAUGUGAUGACGAGGGUUUGGCCCGCGGGUCAUGACGCAGCGAAGGAGGUAGUCUUAUCUCGGUUCCUGCGUACCAAAGCUCGUGCAUCUCAACUAGGGGAAGUUGACCCGCUCCUAGAAGGGGCAGAAGAAUCCGAUAGAAAGAGCAGGCUGAAGGAAUACGGCAACGCUCGUGACCGAGUGGACAAAGAUACCACCUCCCGCCUGAGUGCUUACCUGGCCGCUGGCGUCAUCUCUCCGCGUGAAUGCGUCAGAGCGACCAUGGAGCUGCAAAAGGCUGGCAAAGUUGACACAUCACGAGAGAAUGGCAUAGGUAGAUGGGUGCAGGAAAUUGCUUGGAGAGAUUUUUACGUUAGCGUACUUGCUUACUAUCCCCGUGUGUCGAUGGGGAGACCAUUCCAAGAGAAGAUGGCGAAUGUCGUGUGGGAGAACAACGAAGAACACCUCAAAGCGUGGCAAGAGGGCAAAACUGGAGUUCCGAUCGUUGACGCAGCAAUGCGGCAGUUGAACUCGAUGGGUUGGAUGCAUAACAGAAUGCGGAUGACUGUUGCCAUGUUUUUGUCCAAGGAUCUCAUGCUUGACUGGCGCCUUGGUGAAAGAUAUUUUAUGCAAAACCUUAUCGACGGAGACUUAGCAUCCAAUAAUGGCGGAUGGCAGUGGAGUGCAUCAACGGGAGUGGACCCUGCGCCUUAUUUCCGUCUCUUUAACCCGUAUAAUCAAAGCACCAAGGGCGAUCCCAAUGGAGAGUAUAUUCGGCACUUUGUGCCAGAGCUGAAAAAUGUAUGGGGCCCAGAUAUCCACAACCCGCCCGCGAAGCUCGCAGAGAAACUUGGUUACCCGCUUCCUAUCGUAAAACACCACGAGGUCAGAGAACGAGCUUUAAGAAGAUAUAAGAACCCCGGCAAGGAGUAA